UUUGAAUAAGUUGGAUGGUUGUAGUUGAAAAUCUCUUUUGGUGUCGCGAUGUUAGUAUGUGAACUAAAAAUAGUUUUAAGUGUUUUUCAAUAUACCCAUAAAAUGAAGACAAUUUUAUAACGGCGUUAAUUUGUGCCAUUUAAUAAACCCGGGUGGUGUGAUAUAUUAACAGUCAUGGGAAUAUUAUGAAUUAUUGUUGCUUAUAUUACAAAAGAUUUCAUUAUGGCUCUUCCUGGCACCGAAGAUACUGGUUUUUGCUCAAGUGAAGAUUACCUAGAGAAUGACAUACACUCCCCUACUGAUAGCUCUGAAGACAGCGUUGAAGUAAAAGUAUCUCCAAUUUCCUUUAUAAGCAAAAGAAAACGAACCGAGACCAGGAAAGUCACAGAUACUUUUAGUGGACCUUUAAAAAAGAGAAUGUGUCUAAAAGUUAAGGCUGAAUCCAAUGAGAGUCAUCCAUUUAGGCCGUGGAGUCCUAGUCCUAGCAAAAGCAUCGUUACUAAUUUCAAAAACGAUGAUGCCUUCCCUGUGCCUUCAUCAACACCUAUGUGUCAACCUAAAAGAGAAACACAAUGUACCUCAUAUUUUCGUCCACCGUCGCCAAUAAAAUUUCUCCAACAAACUGAACCUGUAGCUUUAGUAAAAAAAUGCGAAAAAAAUGAACCAAAAGAGGUAAAAACUGAAACGGAUAUCGACUGCCGAAAUUUACGUGUGCCACUUCAUCCACAGGUCCAGAGUCUGUCCACAACUGAAACAGAAAGGAUAAUUUUAAAAACUAACGAGAUAUUUCCUUCUCUACAAACAAGUAUUAAUUGUGGUGCUUCAACAAGUUUUGGCGGCAGUAAAAAAUCCGAUUGCCAAAGAAGAGAGCAAAGAAAUUACAAAAAUAUGACAAGGGAAAGGCGAAUAGAAGCAAAUGCAAGAGAAAGAACCAGGGUGCAUACUAUUAGUGCGGCAUUUGAUACACUCAGAAAGUCUAUUCCUUCUUAUUCUCAUAAUCAAAAGUUAUCGAAACUAUCUGUGUUAAGGAUAGCAUGUUCAUAUAUAAUGACUCUAUCAUCAAUCGUUAAUAGUGAAACCAAUAGCACACCCUCCACCUCGGAAUGUGUGGAUAUGGUUUCAAGUACAAUUCAACGUGAAGGAAAAUUAAGGAAAAAAAAAGAUGAUAAUGAUUGAAAGUGCCAAAUUCAUUGUCUCGUUGGUUUUUCAAAAUUAAGUUCCUAUGUGAUGUGACUAUUCCAUUUUGUUUUAUUUCGAAGCUGCCAAAAUAUAUUAUUUGUACUUAU